AAUUCAAAUAUUGAAAAUUCCGUUUUGUUGCUACUGCUCAUUCUAACUACAGACGAUGGGAAAAAGAUCGCAAAACGGCAGAAAAAGGGGCUCUGAAGAAUUUCGAUGUUUUUCCACAGUCCUAAGUAGGAAUUUUCAAAAAGGUGCCAAAAAGUUACCUCAAUAGUGUGCAAAUGUCCGCCAAAUAGUCAUCCGAAAAUUUUUUUUCGGAUGCUUAAGAUCGAUAACUUUUUGGCAUCUUUUCAAAAACUGCUCCUAAUAAGGAUUUUACUUCAAUGGUAUACGAAUCAUCCGAAAUUCAUCAGACGACCGAAAGUUAUUUUUCGAACGGGAUGCUAACUUUCGGAUAACUGCCGAGACCGGACAUUUGAAUACCAUCUCUGGAUAACUUUUCGAAAACUACUAUAUCUUUAGGUGGAAAAAUUUUCGUCAAUCAUGUACGCUAUCCGUGAAUUCUCUCUAUCUAUAUUUCUUCGUAUCGGUAGCGGUACAAAAUGUCGUCUCCCCAGUCAGCGUUCUUCACGAAAUCAUUGUAUGAUAUCAAGUACAAAAUUUCGACACAAUGCCUUCAAACAGCGCAUUCUGAUGAAUUAUUAUAUUUUUCACUUGUUCAUCAAUACGAACAGUUCUCAAACCAAUCGAGAAUCAGAGUAGAAACUCGACCCAAAGUAUUUUUAAGAAAACUAGCCCGGGCUCUAUAGCAUUCUUAUUUACCCGAAUAUAUGCAGAUUUUAUGACUUCAUAAAAAUUUUUUAAAACAUUCGGAUGGAUUCAAGUGAAAAAUCUAAAAAUUGGUUAAAUUUUUUUUCCGAUUUUUUCCUUUCCGUUGGUCUCCGUUGUAAGUAAAUCCAUCCAGCCACCAUCAAGAUAUGAUGAUUUUAUUCCACACGUGUUUGCUUCUUUUUUAUCUAUUGCCUUGAUAUCGAAUCGAAGGCAAAACGACUCUUCCAAUGUUUUUUGGUAACUUUUUUAUUUUAUUCAUCGUACGAAUCUAGCGUUGGUUAGUGUACGCUUAUUUUAUUCAUAGCUGUGAUUAUUGUUUGGAACGCUAUCGCACUUAUCAUACAUAUUUAUGUACGUAUACGUUUGUACGGGUGUGUGCGAACACCUACCGGUGGUUCGGGAGAAUCACAAUUCAAAUACCCCACCCCACCUUCGAAACGAUUUGAGACCGACUGGUGUACAUUUAUCGAAACGAUACUAUUUCGACCGCGCACGCGGCAAUACAGAGUUGCCUCGGUGUUCGAUUUAUUAACUAACUUUUGUAUGUCUCUGCCACUUUCAACGAAUUAAUACAAUUGUGUUAAUAUUAUUUGAACUCGUUGGAUAAAAAUAUUUUUCGGUUUUGCAUCGAACACUCCAGUUUAACGGAUAAAAGAACGGGAAUUUAAGCAGAAAAAUGCGAAUGGAAUACCACGAUUUGAGACAUCAGUGCAGAUGGAUUUGAACCGUUUUGUCCAUAAUGUUGUCAAUGCGAUAUCGUGAAAUGUAUGAAACUUAGUUACGAGUAUAAAUUCGUUAAAAUAUGUCAGUGAAUCAUAUUUUUAACGAGACGAUAUUGAGAAGGGUUUAUUUCGUCGAGCUGUGUGUGAUUUCGUUGAUGCUGUCGUCGAUUUGCGCGGCGUCCAAUAUCAACAAAUGCUACUGGACCUUCUCGACGCAGGACGAAGCUCUUAGCGCGGCAAUAUGCAUCGGUCAAUGUCAACAGAAAGACACGAGCUGUCAAAAAGAGUGCAGCAGUCAAGAAGAACUGGAAAAAAGACAAAAUGCCAGUAUCGAUCUCUUCAAAAACGAAAAUGCAACGGGAUUCUCUGGGCCAGCGAAUUUCAAUGCGAGUCUGCACUGCAAGGAUGCGAAUCUCAUCAGGAUCAAACAUAAUCCUGGAAUUUGGAUAAUUGGAUCAGAGCAACAGCGCGGCAGCGACGAUAAUUCGACUCGGAACAAUGACGGGGAGGAAUAUCGAGUUGAAUUAUGCAACACAUCGACCAUUUCGUCAUUCACGAAUCUCUUGCCCGGAACUUUUUACCGAUACAAAGUUCACAGAGUAACGAUCGAUGGACUUGUAUCCGACCCUGAAAUAUCUCCGUGGUUCGAGACAUUUCAAGUCGGUCAUCGCUCUCAGGAGGUGAAACAUAUUGAGCUGACGAAUCAACGAUCCGACGAUUUGGAUCCCUCUCGUGUUCGUGCCGAUUUUAUUCUCCAACCGGCCUCUGAUCGCAGCUGUCACUAUGAUAUCGUCUCAUUCGUCGAGGAUCAAGGCUUGGCUAUAGGAAAUCUCGACUCUUCACAAGAUUUCCACUUCAGUCUUAACGACAUCGGCUACAGGACAAACGUUAGUGUGUUCGUUACUUCGCGGAAUUCCGCAAAUUCCGAAAACAGCAACAAUGUCUCGCUUACUUUUGUCACACCUUCGUGCCUCGAACUGCACAAUAAUCUCACGUUCUGCGCUCCGGAAAAAGUGAAAGGAUUCCGCGUCGCUGAAAUCUAUAAAAAUGAAUCAAAUUAUGGGAUUUUGGUAAAAUGGGACGAGCCGGCUUUUCUUCCCGACAAUUACACGUUGCAAUUCGAAUCCCUCGAUUAUUCUGGAAACGAAGAAGUUUUGCCCGAAUUCACGAGCGUUCUUCCUGGUAAUGCGACGGAAGCUUUUAUAACGAUUUCUUCCAAGAAUCAGCGUCUCCACGAUGAUCAUCAGCGAGUAAUAAGCAUAAUGGCCGAAUCGCCCGGAGGUGCGAGUUCCCAAACAUGGAUUUAUGUAACAUUGGACGAAACAAUUGAUUCAUCGUCGCUUCUAGGUGUGACAGCUGCCACGGUAGCGAAAGCAGAAUUACAGCGAGUCGGAAUGAUAGCUGUACCUUCGAUAGCAAUCAUUGCCAUCCUCCUCGGAGGAAUCGUUUGGUUCGGUCGUUCACGACGUAAAGACUGUAUAGAAAGUAAACGUAACCGUGAUGAUAAACGUUACAAAUAUUGUCAGAGCUUGAAGGAGCAAGACAUUUUUGGCAAAAAAAAUAACGGAUCAUCGACUUUCUACGUACUCGAGAAAAAUCUUAAGGUGGAAUUUGAGAAGAAGGACCAUGCGGUUGGAACGAUGAUCGAUAAAUUUGAAUUACGUCCGAGCCAAUUAACAAUCAAACAAAUCCUCGGGAGCGGAGCUUCCGGUAUCGUGAGACUGGGUUCUCUGCUUGACAGUAAAAAAAACAUGAUAGACGUGGCAGUAAAAAUGCUCAAGGACAAGCCGAAUACGGACGAUCUGAAAAAUUUUCAACAGGAAAUAGCAAUUAUGAAAUCUGCUGGACAGCAUCAAAAUAUCGUUUCCAUCAUCGGCUGCUGCACCCUCGACGUUUCCAGGCCCAUUCUCGUCGUCGAGUAUUGCAGUCGAGGUGAUCUACAAAGUUAUCUGAGACAAAUCUGGCAAGAAAUGGUAUCUCACGAUCUGGAACGCAGAGCUCGUUCGAAAAUUGAACAAAAUCAUUUGUUCGAAAACAGCAAUAAUAAUGUUCAAAAUAUUACAUAUUGGAUGGAAACACAACGUGUCGCUAUAACCAAUGAGCUGUACGAUAUUCAAGAAGAGGAUAAGCAACGUGAAACUGAGGAACAAAUAACCGUGACCGAUUUGUUGAGUUUCGCCAGACAAGUCGCUUCCGGUAUGGAAUUUCUCUCGUCGAAUCGGGUAAUUCAUCGUGACCUGGCUGCUCGAAACGUACUGCUCUGCGCUGACAAAACUGCCAAGAUAUCAGAUUUUGGACUGAGUCGGGAUAUUUAUCAGGAAAACGUCUAUAAAAAACAGGGAAACAGCAGACUGCCUCUCAAAUGGAUGGCGAUUGAGGCAUUGACUCAUCAGAUAUACACUACACAGAGCGACGUGUGGUCUUUCGGCAUUCUUUUGUGGGAGAUUGUGACCCUGGGAUGCAAUCCAUAUCCGGAAACACCGACGAACAUGAUUCUCCAGCUCCUGAAAUCGGGUUACAGGAUGGAGAAGCCGGAAAACUGCGGCAAUGAAUUGUACAACAUAAUGCUGUCCUGUUGGCGCUCGAGGCCUCAACGCCGGCCAAAUUUUACUCAAUUAAAACAUCAGUUGGACGGUUUAUUGGAUACUGCGAGUGAAAACGAAUAUUUGAACGUGUACGAUCUUCUCCGUGAAUCGACUGCAACUUCGAAUCAUAAUCAUGAGUCCAUGAAACUUAUCGAGAAGAACGAUUAUACGAACAUUUAUUCUAAAUGAUGAAAUGCAAUAAACGUCAUACAAUUGUUA